AUGCCCGACGACGAUGGCCAUAAUGCCUGCGUCGAAGAUUGGUUAAGCUCCGUUUCUCCCUUGACUGCUGGUUGCACGUCACCACCUCCUCUCACGCCCCUUGAGAGCCCCUCGCCCAGGCAGCGCAAGCGGAAGCAGCACCAAGCAUCAUCUCGACAGAAGCGUCGUCGCCUCACCACAUGCUCACACUCUUCACGCUCCGCAGCCACUGCAGCUGCUAUGGUCUCCGAAUGUGAUGUAAACUCCGAAUCAUCUGCUCCAUCUUCCGCCACGAGCUUGAGAAAUCGCAUCAUCUUAAAGCCCGUAGCUCCAAGCCGCAGGCCAUCGCACAGUCCACCACGGAAACACCAUCGACUGCUCGCACACGCUCCUCAAUCCAUUAAGAUACGUCAACCGCGAGACACAAAUCAGCAUGAAUCUGUAUCGGCUGUCCGCUCUGCAUUGUCCAAGCAUCAUGGUUCCCGUUUCAUCCACGCAAAACUGAAGAACCAGCUCGAAGAGGCCGACCGCGACGCCUUUGAGAACGACGUUCACGAGUACAUGUUUUACGAGGAUGAUACUCCACCGGCGACGCUAGCAUACCUAUGGGAGCGGGUAGAGAGCAUUUAUAAGGUCGCCAAAGCAUGUAAUGACCGCAAGAAGGACGAAAAUGCUUGGUCAAAGGUCUUAGAAAAGGUUGUCAGCACAGCUUUAAAGUUAAACAACAUACGCAAGCUGGAGCUUAACAGUGUGCAGACGCAGAAUAUCGAGCCCAGAUACCUCGCACAGACUGGUUCCAAUACCGGCAAGAAGUCUGACUUUGUUCUUGCAUUCACUGACCAAGACAGCGAUGUCCAGGCCGCAUAUCAAACGUUCGCCUCACGCCACGGCCCCAAGAGCCUCAGCCCCAUGACGGAUGCUUACACGUCUGAGCUUGCAUUUGCAUGCGUCUUCGAGCUCAAAGAACCAAACGGAGGCCAUUCAGAAGCCGAAUCCCAGCUUGCGACCCUUCACACUGCCAUGCUUUUGAAACUUAAGGACCUUGUACACGAUACUGGAGUUGCUACUGAGAUACCGGGCCUUGUCGGCUGGGCUGUAGUCGGUCAUAAUUACUUUUGCUACAUAUCGACUAUAUGCGCCGAUGGCAGCUUUGAGGUACAGGGACCGUUCAACAGCCUUCAGGGCAGUACCCAGACUCGUCACGACAUUCUGAAGCUGCUAAACCUCUUGGGCCUUGUUUUUUCGGAAAUACUCUCUAACCGCCUCUGGGCGAUACUACGUGGGAUCCUUACUGCCGACACCGCAUCCGAGAACCCGACGACAGAUAAGCCGACAGGAUGA